AUGCAAUGGCUUCAACGUCAAAAGCGAAACUACACACGGGCAUCCCGUUCGUUGAAACGCGGUCUUCGACAUCACGCACGCUUUCUUAGACGCCAAGAAUUCGAUUGGUUCUUCGAGAACAUGAACGAUGCCGAGGUGCUCUUUCAGAUGUAUGGGUUGCUGGAGCAGCUCGAGGAGCGGUUCGAUGCGGUGCGAUUUGAGGGAGAAGUCGAGCGGGUUCAGAAUAGGCUUGAUGAGCUUCAGUGA